UCAGCUGCUUCAUUGUUUAUUUGUCAGAGAAGAACGGGGAUUUUCCUCUUGAGACUUUUUGGAGUUUUUCUAUCGAAUCGCAAAUAAUUAUUACCAUAAUAAGCAAGAAUGGGUAAUCAGUUGGUGGGCAUUGCGCCCUCCCAAAUUUAUCCGGUUGAACACUACUUCGCCGGCACAAUCGAUCAUGACCUACAAUUUGACUUGAGUAUGGGGAGCACCCGAUUUUUUAAAGUGGCCCGCGCCAAGUGUGAUGAAGGACUUGUCGUCGUGAAAGUCUUCGUGAAACAUGACCCAACUCUACCUCUGGAAGCGCAUGCAGAACGCCUGGAAUACAUCAAGAAAACUCUAGCCAACGCCGUGAACUGUCUGCCGUUCCAGAAAGUCAUUAUUAAUGAUCGUGCUGUCUACAUUAUGAGAGAAUAUGUUAAACACAGUCUCUAUGAUCGAGUUUCAACUCGUCCAUUUUUGACUGUUUUGGAGAAAAAGUGGAUCACCUUCCAGAUUUUAUGUGCGCUAAAUCAAUGCCACAAGCAGAAAAUUUGUCAUGGCGACAUUAAACUUGAAAACAUCCUCAUCACAUCUUGGAAUUGGAUAUUACUAUCGGACUUCGCCUCGUUCAAACCAACAUAUUUGCCUGAAGACAACCCCGCGGAUUAUACCUACUUCUUCGAUACUAGUCGCAGGCGUACGUGUUAUAUUGCACCAGAAAGAUUUGUAAAGACGUUUACAUCAGACAACGUCACUCAACAAGGAGAUAUUCCAGUCUUAUCUGAUUCUAUUCUACCUAAUGAGUCGUUCAUGCGGGAUGGCCCUUACUAUUCAGGGAGUUUAUUACCAGAAAUGGAUAUAUUUUCAGCAGGCUGCGCUCUCCUCGAACUAUGGACAGAAGGAACAGCUCCAUUUGAAUUCUCUCAACUUUUAGCUUACCAUCGGGGAGACGAUGAACUAGUAGCAAAACAUUUACUUGGCAUUGAAAACGAACAUUUACGAGCUCUCCUCUCGUCUAUGCUCAGUCGUAACCCCAAAGAACGCAAAGCGGCUGAAAUAUAUUUGGAUCAGGAACGAGGACGUCUAUUUCCCGAAUAUUUUUAUUCAUUUCUGCAGUCCUACUUGCAAAUGUUCUCUUCUACAGAAAUCAUGACCCCAGAUGAUAAAAUCAAUCGUCUUCACUCAGACAUGUUGCAUUUCAUAAAAGUUCUUACAAAACAAUCCGAUGAAGGAGAAAUUAUUCCGACAGAAAAAAAAGAAAAGGAAACUUGCAAUGCACCAUGCGACCAAGAUGGACUUAUCUUGAUAAUAACCGUCGUAACAUCCUGCAUUCGGGGAUUACAUCAUUGCGAUACAAAAAUUUGUUCUUUAGAAAUUUUGCAGAAAUUCGCUGAGUAUACUUCUUCAGAGACUAUUUUAGAUAGGAUUUUGCCCUAUAUUUUGCAUUUAACAAAAGAUUCCUCAUCGCGAGUUCAAGCAACGGCCUUGGAUACUUUAACAGCUUGUCUUGGGAUGGUGAAAGAUAUUCCACGAAGCGACGCGAAUGUCUUUCCGGAAUAUAUUUUACCCGAAAUUGCUCCUUUGGCUACGGAUAGUUCCACAAUUGUUCGUGUGUCUUACGCUAAGAACAUUGCUCAGCUCGCCGAAACUGCUGUUUAUUUCCUCGAACAAACACAAUUAAAUUCGCCAAACGAUAUGCCUCGUUAUGAAGCAGAACUGCACGCUCUACAUGAAAUCAUACAACAAACGGUCCUAAGCUUAUUGACUGAUCCCCAGCCAAUAGUAAAACAGACCUUAAUGGAAUCCGGAAUCACAAAUCUUUGCGUGUUUUUCGGCAAGCAGAAAGCAAACGACGUCAUUCUGUCACACAUGAUAACUUUUCUCAAUGACAAAGAAGACAAAAAUCUCCGAGGAGCAUUUUUUGAUUGUAUUGUCGGUGUAGCAGCUUAUGUAGGUUGGCAAUCAUCGAUUAUUCUAUACCCUCUCUUGCAACAAGGACUCACAGACAGCGAAGAAUUCGUUAUUGCAAAAUCAAUCAGAGCAACAACGUCACUUAUAGAAUCAGGACUGAUUCAAAAGCCACUUUUGAUUGCGUUCAUCACAGAUUGUGCUUGUUAUUUAAAUCAUCCAAAUCUCUGGAUACGUCAUGAAAUUUGUGGCCUAAUUUCAACCGCGGCUCAAACUUUAUCGACCAUUGAUGUUCAAUGCAAAAUUAUGCCGGUUAUUUUGAAUCAUUUGAAGGCUCCAAUUAUACAAGUGGCUAAAAUUGAAAUUUUAAUGAACAGUUUGCAGCCACCAAUACCACGAAAUAUCUUCGAUAGCAUUGUCAGAUUUCCGAACGUGCCACAGUUCAUCAAAUAUUUGGAGAAGCAGAAAGAGGCAAGGGCUCUAGCAUCCCAUGAUCAGCUGCCACUUUGCGAAGAUAUGGAUACGGCCUUGAGAAAUCUAAUCCGCCGCCUAACGUCCGAUGGCAUGAACGAGCUGAUCGAAAAUCAAUUGCUAUCUAUGAAAAAUCAUCUCAUCAAGUUGAGUAAAUAUAAAAGUCAGGAACCACGAAAAAAUCAAACCUCCAGGAUUAUGAUAUCCAAACAAGAUGUGAUUUGUUACGAGUAUCCAUUAUCCGACAAGGCUGUUAAAAAUGAAACCAAUCAAAGGAAAGUCCGUAAACCCGAUCAAGAGGGUACUUCUAAUUUAGAGUGGCAACACAUCUACGGGAACAUGGAUCAUUCACCGGACACAUCGUCCCCGUCAAACGAUUCAGGGUCAUCGGGAACCGCGGGAAGCCCGGGAACAGGUACCUUAGUUCAACCAACACCCACUUCGUCGUCUUUAGUCGAAUAUAGUCUGCCAGAGAGGAGUUUUAUGCAAGAACGUACAUCAGAAUGUCGCAAAGAUCUAGAAAAAUUACGAGCAAAACUAAAGGCACGAUAUGCAGUUGUUUCAUCAAAUCGCGAAUACAAUCCUGCUAAAUACUACUCUGCAAUACCCAGUAAAUGGCGUAUGAAUGGGACGCUGGUAGCCCAUCUUCACGAACACAAAGCUUCAGUUGUUAAACUAACUUCACUGAAACCUUACGGCCCUCUUUUUGCAAGUGGAAGUGCAGAUGGCACUGUUCGUUUGUGGGAUUGUAAUAAAUUGAAUGGAAAUCAUAGCAUCAAUAAAUCAAAGCAAGUAUAUUCUGCCAAUACUCCUAUCAAUGCACUGGCAGCCUGUGAAGGAGGACAAAGUUUGGCUGUUGGGGGGAAGAAUGGUGAACUUCUCAUAAUGCGAAUUGAUCGGAAUUCAUCGAAAAUGACGUUACAACAAGCGUUACAUUUGGAUGGAACAAGUAUGCAUGAAAAUGGCUAUAACGAUGGUCCCGUUGUCGAUAUGCAACCCCUUGAUCAAAACGUCAUCGUAUACGCCACACUAUACAGUGGAAUUGUAGCCUGGGAUUUACGUAUGCAGAAUAGUGCAUGGCACUUGAAAACCAAGCUUUCCAAUGGAGUUAUUACAACCAUGUGUGCCGAUCCUACCGCUUCUUGGCUUGCAGUCGCUACCAGUCAUGGUAAACACAUUUGCUGGGAUCUUCGCUUCCGGCUACCCAUCACCGAAAUUAAACAUCCUCAUGAUUACUGGAUUAGAAAGAUCCUAUGUCAUCCAACGGAACCUUCAUAUUUAAUAUCCUCGUCACAUGGAAAUAAUGAGGUAACAAUAUGGAAUGUGGAGACAGGACAAAGGCAGCAAGUGUUAUGGGCAAGUUCACCGUCACCCUUGUCCAUUUCAAAUAGCAACAGCUCCUCGGCGACAUGUGCCCUCCUAACGGGUGUUGUAGAUGGAACGCCAUUCCUGUUAACGGGGAGUUCUGAUCAGCGUAUUCGUUACUGGGAUCUGGCACAACCUAAAAACUCUAGACUUGUUGUUCCGUCAAAUAAAGAAAGUUUAGCGGAUGUGUCAUUCACCUAUGAUUCACGAUUAAUUGACGGCAUACCAGUUGUAUGUGAGACAAUCACCAGUCUAGGUACAUCAGGAAGUAUGGGCUCAAGUCGAAGUGCGGAUGAACAACCGCGGUCAGGACCAGAGAUGCCGUCACCCUAUUUUAUUGACAGCAUUACUGACUUGAUUAUGUGCAAUACAGACAAGCAACAAACAUUUAUCCCCUCCGCUGGCCGCGACGGAGUUAUUAAAAUUUGGAAAUAAGCAGAUAUAAAAUACGAGGAUGAAACAAUAUUCGCUACUGCUGCAAUUAUUAAACUAUCAAAAUAAUAUUUAUUUAUAUAACUUUAUCUCAAUGGUUCACUAGAAAGCGAGAGAGAUUUAUAUGGACUGUGAUUAGCCGAUGAAUCAAUUAUUAAAAAAAAGAACUGAAGGGUUGAUAGUGUUUUAUAAUGUUUUAUCGUCCAUUAGAAUUCAUUGAAGAAGCCUACCCAAAAGAAUAAUGAUAAUAUUCAAGUUAUAAAUAUUUUAUUAUUGUACAUAUAUAUAAUUCUUCAUUCCAGAAAUAAAUACAAAGUAUCAAAUAUCAA